GAGAGAGAAGCGAAAUGACAUUUCCUCUUUAAAUAGCUGGAGCCGGGGCCCCGUCGAGAAAUGGCCGCGUCGGCAGAUUUAAGUAAGUCUUCCCCAACACCGAAUGGGAUUCCAUCUUCAGACACAGCCAACGAUGCCAUGGACCCCUUCCAUGCUUGCAGUAUUCUUAAGCAACUCAAAAUAAUGUACGAUGAAGGACAGUUGACAGACAUUGUAGUGGAAGUGGAUCACGGGAAAACAUUUUCCUGUCAUAGAAACGUUCUUGCUGCAAUCAGCCCUUACUUCAGAUCCAUGUUCACUAGCGGCCUUACAGAAAGUACUCAAAAAGAAGUUCGAAUAGUCGGUGUUGAAGCUGAAUCUAUGGAUUUAGUGUUGAACUAUGCCUACACCUCCAAAGUUGUUCUGACAGAGGCCAAUGUUCAAGCCCUGUUCACUGCAGCUAGCAUCUUCCAGAUUCCUUCCAUUCAAGACCAAUGUGCUAAGUAUAUGAUCAGUCAUUUGGACCCACAAAAUUCAAUUGGGGUCUUCAUCUUUGCUGAUCAUUAUGGUCAUCAGGAACUCGGAGAUCGAUCAAAAGAAUACAUUCGUAAAAAGUUUCUAUGUGUCACCAAAGAACAAGAGUUUCUCCAGUUGACAAAAGACCAACUGAUAAGUAUACUUGACAGUGAUGAUUUGAACGUAGACCGAGAAGAGCAUGUUUACGAAAGCAUUGUAAGAUGGUUUGAACACGAACAGAAUGAAAGAGAAGUGCACCUUCCAGAAAUUUUUGCCAAAUGCAUACGUUUUCCUCUGAUGGAAGAUACUUUUGUAGAGAAAAUUCCACCUCAGUUUGCACAGGCUAUAGCCAAAAGCUAUGUAGAAAAGGGACCAUCCAAUACCAAUGGCUGUACACAGCGACUUGGAAUGACUGCGUCUGAAAUGAUCAUAUGUUUUGACGCUGCCCACAAACACUCAGGAAAGAAGCAAACAGUGCCUUGUCUAGAUAUAGUCACAGGAAGAGUGUUUAAACUAUGCAAACCACCAAAUGAUCUAAGAGAAGUUGGGAUUCUUGUAUCACCGGAUAAUGACAUCUACAUUGCAGGAGGGUAUAGGCCGAGCAGCAGUGAGGUGUCCAUCGACCAUAAGGCAGAAAAUGAUUUCUGGAUGUAUGACCAUUCCACCAACAGGUGGCUGUCCAAACCAUCCUUGCUGAGAGCCAGAAUAGGCUGCAAACUGGUGUAUUGCUGUGGUAAGAUGUAUGCAAUUGGAGGUCGUGUUUACGAAGGUGAUGGGAGAAACUCACUAAAAUCUGUGGAGUGCUAUGACAGCAGAGAAAAUCGUUGGACGACUGUUUGCGCAAUGCCUGUUGCAAUGGAGUUUCAUAAUGCUGUGGAGUACAAAGAGAAGAUCUAUGUUUUACAGGGAGAAUUUUUCCUCUUCUAUGAGCCUCAAAAAGACUACUGGGGUUUUUUAACCCCCAUGACUGUGCCUAGAAUCCAGGGCUUAGCGGCUGUAUACAAGAACUCUAUCUACUACAUAGCUGGAACCUGUGGAAAUCAUCAACGCAUGUUUACUGUAGAAGCCUAUGAUAUUGAGCUCAAUAAAUGGACUCGUAAGAAGGACUUCCCAUGUGAUGAGUCCAUAAAUCCGUACCUUAAACUGGUACUUUUCCAGAAUAAGCUCCAUUUAUUUGUUCGAGCUACUCAAGUGACUGUUGAAGAACACGUCUUCAGAACCAGCAGGAAAAAUUCCCUUUACCAAUAUGAUGACAUCACUGACCAAUGGAUGAAAGUGUAUGAGACCCCGGAUCGGCUCUGGGACCUUGGCCGGCAUUUUGAAUGUGCUGUUGCUAAACUCUAUCCUCAGUGUCUUCAGAAAGUCCUUUAAUGAGUAGCAGGCCUUAGAGAGCUUACUGGCAUCUCCCACUUGAGGAAACUUAGUCUUACAAUGAUAUAAGAAGUGCUGUCAGUAUUUAAGAAAGCUGAGAGAGUUUACACUCUACGUGGAAAUGGGCACUCUUAAAGAUUACAACAAAGGGAGGGAUUUCUUUUCAUCCUUGUGGUGUUUUCAUUUCAUUGAGCAAAAGGUAACAAAGUGCAAUUAUCAGCAUUUUUUUUUUCUGGUAUAAAAGUAAUCAUAUCAUUCUAGAAGUUUGUGAUAAGUAGUCUCUAAGAUACCAGAUGAAUUGACAACUAUGCACUCUUAUAAGAGCAGUUAGGGUAUUAUUGGUUAGGGACAUCCCAACUAGUUUGAUGUGACUUGUUAUUUUAAAUACGGGUAAAAAUCUGAGGCAAUAUCACUAGGACUUUAGCUGUGACCUCUCCGACACAGAGAAGUACGAACUUAGAUCCUCAUUCUUAAUAUAUAUAUUUGUGUACCAUUUUCAAGUGUACUGAGCUUUAAAUGUGUUCUGUUAUUAGAGUAGAUAGAAGGAAAAACCAGUCUCAGAAAAAGCUUUUGGUCUGAUUGUUUCAUAUUUCCCAUGGAACUUUAAGUUAAGCUAAAGUUUUAAAGUAGCAGUUUUCUGUUAAGUUUUUCACGUGCUAACACUGUCUCAUUUUUAACAAUCUCGAAAAGGCCUCAAAUUCACAGGUGGCUGGUGCUAGUAUAAGUUAAUUCAUGUGUUUAGCUAGAUAGAUUUAAAUUGUCUGAGCCUAUGCUUACCUUUUAAAUUGGUAUGUUAGUUUUGUGGCCAUAGAAUUUUACCUGUUGAACUCUUGUGAUUUCACAAGAUCUCUACUUAUGGAAUAGCAAGAUAUGGCCACUUAUUGGUCUAACUGGAUCACUCGCAGAGUAGUGAGAACAUUAUACUCAGUUUGCACUAACACAGGCCAUUUUGUUGCCUGACCUCCUUUUCCAUCCUCUACCUGUCAAGUCAUUAUCGGUACAGUGAAAGGUAAUUUAUUUCUCUUCUGCACAGAGCAUAAUGUGAAGUUGUACACCUUCUUUUAAAAUUCUAUUUUCCGGAAACAUAAAACUCCUGCAGUGGUCUAAUUUAAUGGUUUUUAAGUUACAUAUGACAAUUAAAACCUCAUUUUCUGUUUUCAUUUUUUGCACUUAACAGUGAUGUAUAUUUUUACAUUAAAAAGCUUGUUCUAGCUGAAGGUGAUUGAGAAGGAAAAGAGUGAGUGAAAAGAACCAUAGCAUUAUAAAUCACUUUUCAUAUUUAACUGGUGAGUUUCUAACAAUCAGUUAGGAAUAUUAACGUGAAGACAAACCAAGUCAUUUGUAACACGUAAGGCAGAUAUUUGGAUGAGUAACUUAUUUUUUACUAUGCCUAGAAUAAUUGCUAAAGGAAUAAGUAUAGCACAGAAUCUGUCCCGGGCUAGAACAUUUUGAUUCUCUUAAAGAAGGCGAACUGGCAUAGUUUGUGUUAAAACUCUUGCACCAAUUGUAAUGUGAUACUGUGACACCAAUUUAAAACAUUGCCUCUUCACAUCACAUACCUCGUUUUUCAGAAACUUUCCAAACUGCUUGUCCUAGACCUCUACAAGUAGGGAAUGUUUUCUGAAGCAGAAUUUAAAGUGGACAGCAUUUACAGAAUGAACAUUUUAAAAUCUAGUUUUGGGAAGCUAGAUGUGUGGUUUCUUCUUAUUGACCUUGAUAGUGUGUCUAUCAUCUCUUUAUAACUCUGUUAACAAAUAGCCUAUUUUUUCUCCCCAGUUUUUCUCUAUCUUCUGUUUUCUUUCUCUCGAGUUUUUUUGAAGCAUCUUUACAGUGUUGCAUUGCAGAGGGGAGGAAAAAACAAAAAUAACUAACUUUUGCAAGAGAUGUUCAUGUAAUUUAUUUUUGAAAGCUUUGUUGAAUAUCUAAGAUUUCCUGCCACUUCCUGACAAUCUUCUGUAUUUAUUUAGAAAAAUGUGUUACUUGAAAACAUGACUAGGACAUUGUGUUAGUAAUUUCAUGUGCCGGAUGAUAUAUAGGAGUACAAUGUACUGUGGGUAAUGCUACAGUAGAUUUAUUCUGUUGAUCUGCACAACAGUUGAUCCUUUUGCUAUAACAAUUUAUAUUGAGGGUGUGAUCUAAGUAUAGCGUGUCAAAGCCAAGGUUUAGAAUUUGCUAUGAGAGUAGAAUAUAUAUUGAAUUUUGUAUGAAGAACUAUUUGUUUAUAUAACUGGGAUAUUUUGCCACUUUUAAAAUGAUUUCAGAAGAAGUCCUAGAAGACUAAGAUUAGUAAUCUGUAUGGGUAUGUGUUUAGAUAUUUAAGGUACAUUUGCAUAGUAUGAUGCGAAUAUAAGUAAAAGGCACAAUGGGUACUAAAGAAUUAAAAUAUAGGUCUACCAUAUGCCAGUCCCACUUCACCUUUAUUUUUGCAUUUGAAGAAUGUAUGUAGCACUUUCCUAUAUGUUUUUUACACAUUGAAACUGGACUUGAUAUAACUAUGCUAUAGGAAAGUAGAAAUUGUAUUCUUGAUUUCCCAUCUUUAUUUUUUUGUUAUCCUACAAAGUUGAUGCUUAAGCAUUAAGCUGAUUUCAUUGGUGCAUGAGAAAAAGUGGAUGUGAUCUGCCAGGAAUCAGAUUCCCUAUGUGAAGCAGUUUAAAAUGGCAUUCAAUGUUCAGUGCUCAGGUAUGUAGUAAGUACUGUAGUCCUUUGGGGGCAAAUGUGUAGAUAUUUUUAAACAUUUUGCCAUAAUUGCACAAUUUUUUGCAUUUUUACCUGAUGGCAUUGUUUCUUAUAAUAAUAAAACCUUUUCUGAUUGAAAA